GGAAGCAGCGGCCACUCUCCACCAAGGAAUGGCAGACAUUGUCGCUCCAUCUGUUCUGCCGCUCAUUGUCCAACUUGGCUGCUUCUGCAGAAGAAGAGAAAAAGGAGAGGAGGAAGAAAAGCCACUUGAACAUCCCGGAGGUGGAUCCCCCCCGCGCUCCACCUGCAGCACCGUCGCUUUUGGACCCGCGGAUGGGACAACUUUGGGACUUGUUCCAUCUGGGUUUAACCUGCAGCGUUUCAUCCGCUCAUUACGGAUUUAAAUAUGUGGUGAUCUCAUCCCCCUCCCUCCGGAGUCCCCUGACUGCUUCACUCCGGUACCGAUGAGUGGAGCUCUGUGAGAGCCGCACUCGACCCGGUGUGCUGGAUGUCUGCGGCGGAUCCAUGGGCCAGAAGGACCAUGGGGAGGCAGGAAGCGGCCACAUCCUCGCCCUGGGCCCAGAUCUGGAGUACCUCCAUGUAGCCGGAGCCGAGCGGCAAGCUGGCGCCGUCGACGGCUGCCCCGCUAUGGAGGAGCAGGGGGGGAGCGCCGGCGACGCCUCCACCGCCGGCUCCCCUCCACCCACCCUGCUAGAGGAGGGCGAGGAGUCGGCCCCCGGCUCCACCCUCGCCCCGAGCGCUGAUGGAGGAGAGGGUGGACCCGCCCACGGCAAGAACGCCCACCAGCCACUGUGUCGGACCCCGUGUGUGGACUUGGGCACCGAGGGGCCCCCUGAAUCCCCGUCUGAAUCUCCAGCAGAGCUCGGACGUGACGCUCCCGCGCCCUCCGGACCUCCACCCGGCCUCCCCGAGCCGUCACCGGCGCCGGGAGGCAGGGAGUACCAGGCCAAGCUGGAGUUCGCCCUGAAGCUGGGCUACUCGGAGGAGACGGUGCGGCUGGUGCUGUCCAAGCUCGGCCCCGACACCCUCAUCAACGACAUCCUGGGAGAACUGGUCAAACUGGGCACCAAGUCGGACAGCGAGCAGCCGGGGGGGAUCUUAACCUCUACCUCAUCCUCCUCUUCCUCCUCCUCCUCGUGCGGCUGCUCCGACUUGCUGGACGGGCAGCGCUCGGACUCGCCGUGUCCCUCAGACCCCGCCUGCGACCAGGACAACCUGCGGCCGGUCGUGGUGGACGGCAGCAACGUCGCCAUGAGCCAUGGCAACAAGGAGGUGUUUUCCUGCCAGGGCAUCCAGCUGGCGGUGGACUGGUUCCUCGAGCGCGGCCACCAGGACAUCACCGUGUUCGUCCCCGCUUGGAGGAAAGAGCAGUCCCGCCCCGACGCCCCCAUAACAGAUCAGGAGAUCCUGCGGCGCCUGGAGAAGGAGAAGAUCCUCGUCUUCACUCCCUCGCGGCGCGUCCAAGGCCGGCGCGUGGUCUGCUAUGACGACCGCUUCAUCGUCAAGCUGGCAUAUGAGUCAGACGGCAUCAUCGUCUCCAACGACAACUACAGGGACCUGGCCAACGAGAAGCCCGAGUGGAAGAAGUUCAUAGACGAGCGGCUGCUCAUGUACUCCUUUGUGAACGACAAAUUCAUGCCCCCAGAUGAUCCUCUUGGUCGUCACGGUCCCAGCUUAGACAACUUCCUGAGGAAAAGACCGGUUAUGCCCGAGCAGAAGAAACAGCCCUGUCCAUACGGAAAGAAGUGCACUUAUGGCCACAAGUGUAAGUACUACCACCCCGAGAGAGGGGCUCAACCCCAGCGCGCCGUGGCCGACGAGCUGCGCGCCAGCGCCAAGACGUGCGUCACCUCCAAGAACCAGGGGGACGCCGGGCUGGUGAAGAGCCACAGCGUGCCAGCCGGCAUCGAGGCCAAGAAGGGCGCCCCCAAACGGCAGUCGGACCCCAGCAUCCGGGCGCUGUCGUACAGCGACGCCGAGGAGAAGCUGGCGAGGAGCAGGGCGGAGGGCCAGAAGGGCGGCGGCUCAUGUAGCGGGAGUUUGACCGUUUCCACGGCGCCGGGAGGCCCCCCGUCCGGGCUGGCGCUCCCCCAGGAGCCGUCCAGAGCGCUGGCUCAUCACCCCGCCCCCGGCCACGACCUCUACCCCCACUGCGAGUCUCCGGACCUGAGCUACUACUCGGUGGCGCGUGCCUACUCCGGCCUGAGCCUCUCCUCCAGGCGCAGCCCGGACUGCCGCUACGCCAACGACCCGGACCUGCGUCUGGGCUCCAUGGGCUCGGCCGGCUCCGAGUGCAGCAGCGAGAGCAGCAUCAGCUGCGGCAGCAGCUGCGACUCCUACGGCGAGAGGUCGUGCCCCGGCUGCCCCCCCGACGCCCUGAUCGAGGACGGCGUCCAUUUCCCCAACCCCCACGGCCGGCUUUACUCCCAUCACGACGUCUGCGGCCUCCAUCCUGCCGACUACGCCAACAUCCAACACGGCCACGGCUCGGGUCCGGGGGGGCACGGCUACCACCUGGGUGGGGCGUGUGGGCAGAGCUGCUCUCACGACCCGCCCCCACCCGAAGCCCCGCCGAAGCGGCCGCUCUACCCGCUGCCCCCUCACCUCCAGCACCAGCCGUUGGCGGCGCGCUCCAGCUGCCCCGGCGACUACCACUCCCUGCCCCAGUCCAGCCCGCACCCCCCCGGCUCCCCGCUGGGCCGCUGCCUGGCCCCCACGCGGGGCGAGAGCGCGUCCGACUCGCACCUCUACGAACACCUCUCGGCGUCGCACCUCCACCACCGGGCCAAGGCGUCGCCCGGCUGGGACGCGUACUACCGGCAGGCGCCGCCGCCGUCCCGGUACGAGCCGUCCACCUACCAGAGCCUGCCGGACACGCGCCAGUCCCCCUGGCACACCCCCCCCUGGCCCCAAGACGGCUACGGCCAGCACCACUCCUCCCACCCGGCGCUCCACCCGUCCCCCACGCAUUACCUAAGCCACCCGCCGCCGUCGCACUCUCCCCACCCGCCGUAUUCGGCUCACAGCUCGCACCUCGCACUCCCCCCUCACCCCCCAUCGUCCUACGCACCUCAGCACCCGGACUCGCCCAUACGCGGCCGCUACGGGGACGUCAGGGAGAAGGCGUACGUCAACCUGUGCAACAUCUUCCCCUCGGAGCUGGUGAGCCGGGUGAUGGCCCGGAGCCCCCACAUCACGGACCCCCAGCAGCUGGCCGCCGCCAUCCUGGCGGAGAAGGCCCAGUCAGGCUACUGAGAGGUUUACAUCAUCAUCAUCAUCAUCAUCACUGAACUGCAUAGUAAAAACUUACUUUUUGACUUUAAUGCGACAAAUGGUCGAGUUCAAGAGGUUAAAACAGAGUAGAUAAUCCAAAAUCCAGCUGAAGAAAAGAGGGUUUAAAUGAGAGCAAACGCUUGUUGACCUGAUUUAAUCGCAUCAGACCUUCCACACGCAGGACUAGUACCUUUUUAUUAUUACUGUAUACAUUUAGAUGACUGAAAUUAGGGGAUAUUGGAUCAUUUCCACUACUUUUGUGGCCAUCAGCAGGCUAAAUAUGCACACUCCUUGUGUGUAUCAUUCAGCAUGAGUCAAACAGUGCUUGGAUGUUUGAUUUUCUUGCAUAUGACCCAACUUCAAAUCAUCUGGUACUGUUUAUUAUCAGUUUUAAAACAGUAGCCCCCCCCCAAAAUCGCUAUAUGUUGUGUGGUUCAAUUAAAAAAAAAAAAAAAAGGAUGUUGGAAAGCAUGCGACCUCGGUUUUAUUGGUCAGAGUUGUAGCUGAAGAGAUGGGUGACCCUGUCGUGUGUACCUUAGUUUUAGUAAGGGACAUCUCUCUCUCUCUCUUUCUAUCUCUCAUCUAUAUCUCUCUCUCUGGCCCUGUCAUUUUGGGUCAACUCUGAUAUCUGCUGCAGACGCAUUUGGCUAUAAGUUAAUAAAACACGUGUUGUAAAUAUAUUUAAUGGAUCCCACUGCUGUGCUUUUGGGUGAAAGCGUCUCCUGCCGUCUGUAGCAGAUCCCAGCCGAAUCCGUACUAGACAGAGAAAAACCCUGUUUGAUACAAAUUGUAUCAUUAACUAAGUCGCUGGUGUUUAUAUACAGUACAUGGACUUAUUGAUCUGUAUCUAUCCAACACUCUUGAUGUAUUGCUAUAUGAUUAAGUGCACUGUUCCGAUCGAGAUGUUCCAACUUUUAAUCUUGUGGAAAUAGCUUUGAGACAAUUAUUUCAAAUAUGAUGUUUUAGACACACAAAAAAACGGAGUUGUGUGCCUACUAUGUUUAGGCAUCACAACUACUUUACUUGUGCUUUUGGGCUUAAAGCUGGCUGAUUUUUCUACAAAAAAAUGAUUUUCUCAAUCCAAAUCCUACGAGACACAUGCUUUGGUUAACUGGACAGCCGUGCAUUUGGAAACAGAUUUGUUUUCACAUUUGAGCUUGGGGUCGAGUAAUUUCAACCUUUUUUAGGCUCCAAGUUGGGAACUAGAACUACUUUCGAGUAAUAUUAAAUUAUGCUCGAAAUAAUGAAGAAUGUAUGUAUUAUCUUUUUCUUCUAAAUCAUGAAUUUAAAAAAAAGUUUUAUGUUUAGGUCGUGGUGAUAUCCCAUGGUGGCUAUUUUGAAUUUAUUUAACAUUUUAGUAACGCACCAGGCUAACAUUUCCUUUUACUUUUCUGUUGAAUCCUGGCAUAGUUGAGGCUUCAUUUGUAGCAUUAUGUUUAAAUGUUAAUCCAUGUUUUGCUUUCACGAUAUAUACUUAUCAGGUCUCACGUCGUCGAAUCAGGGAGCUGUAAAUCUAGAGCAGGAGGCGGGACAUAGCCAAGAUCUGGUAGCUCAUUGGCUACUGAAUCGGCGCCUAACACAAGGAGGUAUGUUGUUAAUGUCAUAUAUGGCAUUAACUAAAACUUAUCAUAUGAUGAAGAAAGAUCAGAAAUUUACCAACUUACCUCCACUUACUGGGUCGAUAUUGCGCUUUGGUGUCUAAGCAAAGCACAGAGUCGUUAAGAUUAAUUAGCCAAUCAGCUACUAGAUUUGGACUAAGCCCCGCCUCCCCGCUGUUGAUUGACGCAGCACUGAUUUGACCAUUACAAUCGUUGGUUUGGUUGGAAAGCGGAGUGGGUUUAGGAAAUGAUGGCGAGAAAAGAAAAGCUGUAACUGAGAGACAACUGCAAAACUCAGAUUUUUUUUUGCUUACAGAUUCUGGGUAAGAUUCUCUACAUGUGUUGGCGUUGAAGUGACGUCAUACUCAUAGUCCAGGUUCAAAACGGCCACCAUGGAAAUCAAACCUAGUAAUCUCAUCAUACAGUUUAUCAGAAGCCAGCUACUUAAAAGCCCAAAUGGUUUCUUUCCCGUCCAACGUGUCUCAUUGUACAAAUAUGAGUAAGUGUACAAUAACACGUGCUGUGGAUGAGAGAGAGCCUUUGUGUGUAUUGAAGAAGCGCCUUCUCUCUGGCCUCCUGGCACUGUGUGUCAGCGUGGCACCCGAGCGUGGGCCCAAAGUAAUGCCUCUUCAUGGCAUUGUGCUUAUGACACAUCCAAUACUCUGAACUAUGUUCAGCUAACUAUUAUGCAUGGUUUGAUUUACUUUCUGCAUGCAUUCUUGUGUUUAAUUGUACAUAACGCGUGUCUGUUUCUGUCCUCGGAGGCUUGUCUUGCUGUUACUGUGAUGUGCUAGUUGUUAUAUACUAUGUUGAACUGUACACAAUAAUUGAAGUGUAAAUCUUUGCUCGUAUCUUGGUAGUGAUUUCAGUGCAGCGCGCUUCUAGAAUGGACAUUCCAAUUUUGAGGGGACACAUAGUGUUUAUUUAAAAAGGAGUCUGUCCGACACAGUUUCCCCUGAGUGCAUCCAGCCAGGAGCUGUUUUAUUAUUCUGUAGUGUAACAGGAUAAAAAUCCACCCUUUCAGAUGUUCUUUACAUUUUGUGAGUAGCAGUGUAAUUAAUACAAUAUUGUAAGAGUUUCAACUGAUGUUCAAUAAAGAAAUAUAAAAACACUCCACUAACAAACUUCAGACAUGUUGCUUUGACUGUCUCAGUUUCAAUAUACUAAUACUACUGAAAUAAAGAUCAUUACUUGGGUAUUUUGGCCUUAGUUUCUUCAAAAACCACUGGCAUCAGAAAAUCAGGGCUCGUAAUUAAUAAUUUCUAGAAAAAGUAAUUAUAGGAAAUGUGCUCCUGAAUUAUCA